UUGAUACUUUUACUUUGAAAAACAUUCCGGAAGUAGCUGCCCACAGAAAGACGCUCCAUCUAAACUGUGAAGUUGUUGUUUUACAACAAAAUGUGGACCAAUGACGAAGUGCGAGACAACGUGAAGAAUUACUAUGGCAGAAGGCUGGAGGCGUCUUGUGACUUGCAAACGAGCGCCGCCGCCUGCAGUCGGCCCUGCAGACCUCUGCCGAGCAGCGUCACGAAUGCUCUGAGCCUGGUUCACCCUGAGGUGACGAAAAGAUUUUUUGGUUGUGGUCUUCCGUUUCCAGCAAAGCUUGAGGGCUGCAGAAUUCUGGACCUCGGCAGCGGUUCUGGUCGAGACUGUUUUGCCUUCAGUAAGCUAGUUGGGCCUCAUGGACACGUGACUGGGAUUGAUAUGACAGAGGAGCUGAUCACAGCAUCUCGCCAGUAUGUGGAGUAUCAUCAGACAAAGUUUGGCUAUGAGAACCCUAACGUCACUUUUGUCCGUGGGUACAUGGAAAAUCUCAUAGAGGCUGGUUUGCAGAGGGACUCAGUGGAUAUUGUGAUAUCCAACUGUGUGAUCUGUCUGUGUCCUGAUAAAAAAGCAGUGCUACAACAAGCCCACGACGUCCUAAAGACUGGAGGCGAGCUUUACUUUAGUGACAUGUAUUCCAGCAGCAUCAUUCCUGACCACAUGAGGCAGGAUCCAGUCCUGUGGGGUGAGGGAAUGGGUGGCUCUCUGUUUUGGAGGAAUCUCAUCUCACUGGCUCACAGUGUUGGUUUCAGCACUCCGCUCCUUGUCUCAGCGAGCCGUAUCGAGGUCCACAACCACCAGCUGAAAGCAAAAGCAGGGGAUAUCAACUAUGUUUCAGCCACCUACAGACUAUUUAAGCUGCCCAAACUUCCUCUAACGUCGAGCUCAACUGUCACCUAUAAAGGAACAGUAGCAGACUUUCCUGAUCAGCUGGAUUUUGAUUCCUCCCACUGUUUCAAGAAAGACACAGCAGUGGAAGUAGAUGGAGAAAUGGCUGCAAUUCUUCAGCAUUCCAGGUUUUCCACAGAUUUCGAUAUCCUGAUGGUGGAUAAGCAGAAUUCCAGCUCAACACCACAGGAGUAUUGCCAUCUUAACCCAUUUCUAUUGGCUGACAAACUGGGUUCAUCAGUGAAACAAUGCUCCAAAACCGGAAAAUGAGGAGAUGGCUUCAUCCAGCUGAAACGGAGAAUUCAUCCUCUGUUCUUUAAUGUUUUUCUUUUUGAUAAUUGUACCUGUAGAUGUUUUGAUAUUUGAUAUAGAUUAAUACCUACUAGUACAUCUAAUAAUUUUCGCAUCAUGUUCGUAAUCUCAGAGCUUUUUAACUUGGAGGGGAAAAAAUAUAUAUAUUUUCUUAGAAGACAGUCUUAGAAAUUGUCCAUAUUCAUCUGCUACUCACAACAUAGUGUGUUCACUAUUUUGCAGUAGAUGGCGAACCUCCAAAACCGAGUGCUCUAGAAGUUCCCCAGAAGUCUAGUGUGUAUUGAUGCUCACUACAUUAGCGAAUAUAGACCACAAUGCCUUGCGAACAAUUUUUACGAAAAAAAGUUUUUUAUAUGUAAUAUUUUAAUAAACUAUCCACAUUUUCAUCAUCAGAACACAGUGGAGUUACAAAUAAACGGUGAAAUUUUUCAAUUGAUUAGAUUUUCACUUUGUUAAAUUGGUGACGUCAUAUCGAGCAUUAAAAAAAAUAAUUAAUAAAGUAGCAAGAUUGGUGUCUGAAUUGCUUUUAGAAUCCAGGGCACAACAUAACACUGCAAUAUAUAUUUUUUAGUAGUUAGUGAGUAGGGGGGGAAUUCAGACAUAGCCUUAAUCUUAAUAUUUGUUCAGACACAAAAACAUAAACAGCUCAAAUACCGAGUGAAACAAGAUUCUGAGAAGUUUGUUUUAAUUGAAACUGAUUGAAGAAAUGUUAAUAAAUGCUAACUUACACAAUGA